AUGCUUCCAAUGUAUGCAGCUCAAAUCCAGGACCCAAUCGCUCAGGCAGCUGCAGCAGCUGCUCUCGUUCAGCCAGAACCCGUUGUCGGUUCUCGCGACACGAUGUUCACGAAGAUUUUUGUCGGCGGUUUGCCGUAUCACACGAGCGACAAAACACUUCAUGAGUAUUUUGAGCAGUUUGGCGAUAUCGAAGAAGCAGUUGUUAUCACUGAUAGAAACACUCAAAAGUCUAGGGGUUAUGGAUUUGUUACCAUGAAGGAUCGCCAAGCUGCUGAGAGAGCAUGCAAAGACCCGAAUCCCAUAAUCGAUGGAAGAAAAGCCAAUGUAAACUUGGCCUAUCUUGGCGCCAAACCAAGAACCAAUGUUCAACUAGCCGCUCUCGCUGGCCAAAUGCAAAUCCCUUUGACCACCCAACUCCAAGCUUUGUUUCCUCAACGCAUUGGCAUUCCACCAAUGUAUUAUCCGACCGCGGGACUCAUUAAUCCGCUGUUGGCAACUCAAGCUACUCCAACUCAACCGCCUCAGCUCAUCGACUACUCGGCGCUUUCGGCUAUUAUGGCUCUGACCCAAAACUCGACGUACGGCUUGACACAGCCAGCAAAGUGUACGUUUACCAAAAGGACCCAACAUUCUAAUCCUUAUUUUCCAGAAUUCAUCAAGAAGCGAUAUCAAUAA